CUCAUCUGUUUGGUUGCUGGAUGUCGCUGGGUGAUGACGUACAUCCACGUUCACGGUGCAGCUUGUCAACAAAAACCCAAAACAAAUUGGCGGACGCAUAAAGGUGCAGCUGAAGCGCUGAAGGGAUGCACACAUCAGUGCGUGAAAUUAAUCUCUGCUCAGACACCACCUACUUCCUGCGGGUGGACUGGGAAGGGUGCAACUUUAGUACCGGCUUCCAGUUGCUGCUUACUGAUGGACAAGAUGCAUGGAGAGGGGAAGUGAAGGGUGCAGUGGUGUGCAAUGAGGCAGAGGAACUGGAGAUGCCAUUGGAAAGAUAUAUCGAGGACAUCGAGCAAGCCUUUACAGGGAAAGAAAACUCCAACACCUACAACUUCUCUUUGACACCUAAUCCCCCAGGUCACAGUUCCACUUUGACACUGACAUAUGAGAAGAUGCAGAAGGAUAUCUCAUUCAGGUUGGGCUGCGUUCUGCUGAAGGCCGUCCCAGAGCCAGCAGAGGCAGUGAGAAAUUUACUGAUUUACAGUCUGCAGAGGGGAAAUAACCUGCAGCACCACAACCAGAGACUACAGGAGGAGAACGAGAGACUUCGAGGAGAACAGCAACACAUCACUGCAGAACUGAAGCGUUACGUUGGUGGUAAGGAAGCCCUGGAGGCAGAGCUUUACUCUCGGUUUGUCCUGGUUCUGAAUGAGAAGAAAGCAAAGAUCCGCAUUUUACAGCAGGAGGUCACAAACCUGGAGGAAAUGAGGAGUAAUGACCAGCGAAAGAGAGACUCAGUAAAGUCAGGUCAGACAGGAGGUCAGGAUGAUGGUGUUGAAGAGGAUGAUUAUGAAGGCAGUACUGAUGAGGACCCAGUGGAGAUGCAGUCGACUCCAGCCUCCAGUUUGGAAUCACCGACUUCGGGACCACUGGAUGAAAGCCUGAGUGACCUCACAGAUGUGGCCCCGUCUCGCAAGCGGCGCUUUCGUCACCUCAGGGCACCAGAGGCUGCAGUAAAGCGACCAAACCCAGAGACAUCUCAGAGAAAGAGGAAUGACUCCCCUGCAGGAUCCAGUAAGCAGCAGACUCCCCAGGUCUCUGCAGAUGUUGCUGCAGCAAGUUCUGCAGUGGAAGACCUUUUUGAGGAAUUCUGAUGUUCCACGUCUGCACCAUAUAGACGUAGACAAGACCACAGCAAUGAAAUGCCAAGGCAUCGUAUUUUUAUUGUGAUUGAACGCAUCUAGUGCUGUAUCUAUAUGGAAGGAUAAAGCACUGCAAAAAAAAGGCGUUCAAUGGAUGCUGAUGAGAGAAAUGCUGGGUGAUUCCUUAUAGAGCAGUGUAGAGGGUCCUUUUUAUAGUAAAGUACACUAAUGACCAAUGUUUGGAAUAGUAAAAGUAAUAAACAUGUUUUUGCCAAA